AUGUCCUAUCAAUUCAUCCACGUCGACAAGUCGGCACCAGACUUAUCCCACAAUGCCAAGAAGUACAGAGAUCUCCGCUUGAAAGCUUUGAAGGAAUCACCCGAAGCAUUCACUUCAACCUGGGCUGUAGAGUUCUCAUUCGCAGACAAUGUUUGGGUUUCACGCCUUCUCGAUCCAGAGAAAGAAACAUUCGUAUGCAUCUACAACAGCCCUAGCCAAGACGCAGAGUGGGUGGCCCAAGUUACAUUGCGUGGACCCCUUCCCCCCGCCGACUUCGACCUUCCGCCUGAAGCUGGCCAGGUCGUCAUCCCGGGAGACGAGAAAUGGCAAAUGUUCAGCCUUUACACAUCUCUAAGCCACAGGGGGAAGAAAGUAGGCUCGCGUCUCUGUCAACGAACUUUUCAAUUUCUCUCCGAGAAGCGAGCGACCCAAGCUACGAAUGUUUCCUUGCGUCUCAUGGUAAGACCGGACAACGAGAUAAGCAUCCGGAUGUAUCGAGGAUUGGGAUUCCUAGAGACUGGCAGGUGUACAGUAGAAGAAGGCCUGAGGGCAAAUGGCGAAGCGGAGCUGAUCCCAAAAGGUCCUCUGGGAGAAAAGUACACAAGAAGAAUCGGAAUCAUCAUGACAAUACGACUCCAGGCUGCUCGCGAUAAUGGUGCAGCUGACAUAGAUGCUUGA